AUGACGAUUGGGUUUAUUUACUACCUCGAAGCAGUGAUUUUGAUGACUCUGCUCCCUAAGUCGUGGAGAGAUACCGCAAUUGGAUUGUUGUGUGUCUUGGUCCACCCUUUAAUGUAUAAAGUGCCAUGCAACAGACUAGUCAGGGUUUGUGAGACAAAGAGGCUAGAGCAUAUGUCAUUCUCGGGUUCAGUUCACGGUUUUUUGAAUGCUGGAUGCUGGUUAUCAUAUGGGUUGCUCCGUGAUGAACCCUUCAUUAUUACAUGUAGCGCAGCGAAUUUUGUUUUCGGUAUAGUUCAGCUCAGUGUUUAUGCAUACUAUUAUUUCAACUACCCACAACCGAAGAGUUGCACAACAAAUGAUGAGAGGACUGCUGAAAGCAGUAACGCUGUAUCAGAACCAGAAAAAACAAGCAACAUCGAUGAUGAGAAGACUGCUCAAAACGAACUUCUACUUCCACUACUUGAGGAUAUGGUCUAG